CGGUGCGUUUUGAUUGUCUCGUUUCUUUCGAGCUCAUCCCUACAUUGAGCUCAACUCCUUAACGAGCAGAAACUCUGUUUAGUUCCUUCUUGUCUGCUCAGUUUCAGUUCCAAAAUCCUAGGAAACUACUUUGACAACUCUGGUGCAAAAACCCAAUUUUUUCCUUAAAAUAUAAAUCCACACGUUUAGUUAUGAUAAAAUAUUUCACCUCCCAUAAAAAAUUUCUCUUUCCCUUCCGUUUUCUGUCAAGAUCCUCCACUUUCUCAUCGACCAAACACCCGUCUCCCCAUAAACCCUCCAAAAUCCCACCACCCUUUUCUCCAAACACUCUUUCCAAUCCAACAAUCCCCUCAUCGAAAUCCCAUCUUUACGCCUCACUUUUCUGCACUCUUAUCCACUUAUACUUAACCUGUGGAAGAUUUUCCCAAGCCAAGGACACAUUUUGUAACAUGAGGAAACAUGGUGUCAUUCCCGUUUUGCCCCUGUGGAAUCACCUUAUUUACAGUUUCAAUGCCUCUGGCUUGGUUUCUGAGGUAAUGCUACUUUACUCUGAGAUGAUAGCUUGUGGGGUUUUGCCUAAUGUUUUCACAAUAAAUGUUUUGGUUCAUUCUUUAGCCAAAGUUGGUAAUUUGAGCUUUGCCUUGGAAUUGCUUAAAAAUGUUGGUAACAACAACAAUGUUGAUACUGUUACUUACAAUACUUUGAUUUGGGGUUUUUGUGAGCAAGGUUUGGCUUAUCAAGGUUUCGGCCUUUUGUCUGAAAUGGUAAAAAAAGGUAUAAAUUUUGAUACUUUUUCAUGUAACAUAGUUGUUAAGGGAUUUUGUAGAAUUGGGUUUGUUAAAUAUGGAGAGUGGGUUAUGGAUAAUUUGGUGAAUGGUGGGAUUUUUAAGGAUGUUAUAGGGUUUAACAUAUUGAUUGAUGGGUAUUGUAAGAGUGGAGAUAUGAAUUAUGCAGUGCAAAUAAUGGAUAGGAUGAGAAGAGAAGGUUUAGUGCCUGAUAUCAUUAGUUAUAAUACUUUGAUUGAUGGAUUUUGCAAAAAAGGUGAUUUUGCUAAGGCUAAAGGUUUAAUUGACGAGAUUUUGGGUUCUCAUAGGAAAAAGGAUUUUAUGAUUUUGGAUGAGAAUGAUCAUCGAAGUGAGGGUGAGAACAGUGUGAUAUUGGAACCAGACCUUAUUACACACACUACACUUAUAAGUGCCUACUGUAAGCGAGAAGCGCUUGAGGAAGCACUUUCCUUGUAUGAAGAAACAGUUGUAAAUGGGUUUUUGCCUGAUGUCGUCACUUAUAGUUCAAUUAUGAAUGGCCUUCGCAAGCAUGGAAAGUUUGCUGAAGCAAAAGUGCUAUUGAUGGAGAUGGAGAAGAUGGGUGUGGAUCCCAAUCAUGUCUCUUAUUCUACUCUUGUGGAUUCCUUCUUCAAAGCAGGGAAUUCCAUGGAUGCUUUUGCCCUUCAAAGUCAAAUGGUUGUUCGUGGAAUUGCUUUUGAUGUUGUUGUGUACACUACACUGAUGGAUGGGCUUUUUAAGGUUGGAAAGCCUAAAGAGGCUGAAAACACGUUUAGUACUCUUUUAAAGCACAAAUUGGUGCCUAAUUUGACGACCUAUGCAGCAUUGAUUGAUGGCCGCUGCAAGUCGGGAGACAUAAAUGGUGCAGAAUCUGCAUUGAAAGAAAUGAAGGAAAAAAAUGUUGUUCCUAAUGUCGUGACUUAUUCUUCUGUCAUAAACAGCUAUAUCAGGAAAGGAAUGCUUGAUGAAGCUGUUAACAUGAUGAGGAAAAUGGUGAGUGAAAAUAUAUUGUCAAAUGUUUUUAUUUAUGCUGCACUAAUUGAUGGAUAUUUCAAGGCAGGUAAAGAACUAGUUGCUCUUGAUCUCUAUAAUGAAAUGAAACUGGCAGGAUUAGAGGAAAACAAUUUUAUACUUGAUGCUUUUGUGAACAACUUGAAAAGAGCUGGAAGGAUGGGGGAAGCUGAGGUUUUAGUUAAAGAUAUGAUGUCCAAGGGCUUGUCACUUGACCAUGUAAACUAUACAUCUCUGAUGGAUGGCUUUUUCAAAGAGGGAAAGGAUUCAGCUGCUCUUAUCUUGGCCCAGGAAAUGACUGAGAAGAAUAUAACAUUUGAUGUUGUUGUGUACAACGUCUUAAUUAAUGGUCUUUUGAGGCUUGGAAAAUAUGAGGCACAAUCUGUUUAUGCUAGAAUGAGAGAGUUGGAUCUGGCUCCGGACCUCAUUACAUGCAAUACCAUGAUUAAUGCAUACUGCAAAGAGGGUAAGUUUGAAUAUGCAUUAAACCUCUGGGAUGACAUGAAGAGUUGUGGUUUAAUGCCAAAUUCCAUAACUUGUAACAUUCUGAUCAGAGGUCUUUGUAGAGCUGGUGAAAUUCAAAAAGCUCUAAAUGUUUUGAAUGAGAUGCUGGUUUUAGGCUUUUCACCUACCACUGCUAUUCACAAAUUUCUGCUUGAUGCAUCCUCUAGGAAUGGAAGGGCUGAUGCCAUUUUGUUAAUGCAUGAACGUCUUGUUUCCAUGGGACUUAAACUUAAUCAGGCAGUUUUCAACACUCUCAUCACUGUCUUAUGCAGACUAGGGAUGACCAAGAAAGCCAUUUCAGCUUUAAACGAUAUGACAGGAAGAGGGUUUUCAGCUGACACAAUAACUUACAAUGCACUUAUAAAUGGAUAUUGCAGAGGCAGUCAUAUAAAGAAGGCUUUUGCUACAUAUUCUCAUAUGUUAAGGGAAGGAGUUCCACCAAAUGUUGUCACUUACAAUCUGCUUCUGAGAGGUCUCUCAACUGCCGGUUUGAUGAAAGAAGCAGAUGAAUUAUUUAGCCAAAUGAAAGAAAAAGGCUUGAACCCUAACGCUUCAACAUAUGAUACAUUGAUAUCUGGCCAUGGUAAGAUUGGAAACAAAAGGGAAUCUGUAAAAGUUUAUUGUGAAAUGAUUUCCAAAGGAUUUGUUCCGAGAACUGGCACCUACAAUUUGCUUAUCAGUGGUUUUGCUAAAAUAGGAAAAAUGUCCCAAGCUAGAGAGCUUCUUAAGGAGAUGCAAUUGAGGGGAGCAUUGCCUAAUUCUUCAACUUAUGACAUACUGAUCUCUGGUUGGUGUAACCUCUCUGACCAGCCAGAGCUGGACAGGGCAUCAAAAUUAUCAUGCCUAGCUGAGGUGAAAAAAUUACUUCUGGAAGUGAAAGAUAGACAGUUUUUACCAUGUGAAAGUACUCUUUCCAAUAUCAGUUCUGCCUUUGCAAAACUAGGAAAGAAGUUAAAUGCUCAGAAGGGACUAUACAUGAGAAAGAACAUAUAAGAAAUAAGCUAAAUACAAACAGGGGAUUCCUUCAAUUUGGAUAGGCAACUUUCUUGAUCUUCAUUAGCUCUUCAUUCAGAAACCUGGCUUCAGUUCUUUGUGCAUGGUAUGCUCUUACUGCUUUGCGUUUAGCAUAUGGAUGUCAUGUUGCUGCUCCCAUCUCUGAUAAGCUGUGAUGCUGGCAAUGAAAACUAUUCUAUGUUUCUAUGACUUUGAAUUAUUCACAUGUAGACUGUAAGAAAGGUUUAAUAAGAUGCAUGCAUUUUCUUUAGUUCUUUUUUUUUUUUUCUUAGGAAUCUUUCCAUUGACAUUUUAUUAGCAAUUUGCAAGCACCAUGCUAGGACUAUCUCGAUUAACCACUGACAUGUUGGGCCUCUCUACAGUCAUUACAGUGCAUGGUGAUAUUCAAGGGUUUCAUUUAUGGACUUCUUAUCAGCUGUUCUUAGUCCAACAGAGUGGAAAAAAUUUCCAUUGUGUGAGAAGAGCAAUGCAUUCACUGUUGGAUUCAGCUUCAGGCAUAUGGCUUUCAGAGGCAAGAUUUUGCACAUCAUCUUUCAGUCAGUGCUGUCUGCUGGUAAAAAAUUUCCAUUGCAGGAGGAGAUUGAUGUAUUCACUGUUGGAUUCAGCUUUAGGCAAAUGGUUUUCAGAGGCAAGAUUCGUACUGUCUUUCAUCAUUUCAUGAUAGUGUACUGAUAAUACUUUGCAAAACUGCACCAAACCUUAGUAAUCAGUAUGCAUUCAAUUCGUGGCACCUAUGUCUAUCACAUUUUGCUGGACAAGACCCAGGGCAAUGUUUCUCCGCUAGUAAUGAAGCUUCUCGGCUGCUUCAGAACUAAUUCAGCAUUCUGAGAUUGUCAGUGUAUGGGAUAGUGUUCAAGACAUUUCAAUGUUUAAAACUUGAUUUGGUAUGAGCCAACUAUAGAGGUGCUAAAUGCAUAUCUUGAUCACGGGAGAAGACUAGGGGGACAUUGGACUCAAAAGCUUUUCAGUUGUAUCCCUCUUUUCAACUUUCAGUAAAGAAAGGAAGGCUUCAUAGCUUGGUCAGUGCACUUGUCUAUUAUAGUUGAACAAAACAUAUUGUUGGGCUGACAAUCUGAUGCUCUUGGUAAUUCUGAUGUAUAACUUUUAAUUGAUGUUGUUUUACUAAAUCAUGGACGAUUGAGCGUCCUGUCCUUGUGCUGUCUAUAUCCUUAAAAAGUGGAUUUCAUGCUGAUGAAACAUCUCCUAUAACUAAAAGGUUGCAUCUUCUCCUUUUCCUAGUAUCCUCUUGAAGACUAAAAAGAGGUUUCAAGUCUGAUAAUGCUAUGAUUUUAUUUA